UUUGUUUUCAUUACAGCUUGCAAGAAAUAAUUAAAAGUCUCAUCUCUCCGUUGCGUGAUAAUUUUUCUUCUCGACGACGGAUCGUGGUGAUUCCUCGCCUUCAGAUUCACCAAUUAAAAGGGUUUUGAUCUUAGUGCCAAGAGGUAACUUGUUUGUUUGCAAGGUCAAAUGGCGUCUUCUUCUGAUGCAUGGAUGAGAGAGUACAACGAGGCUUUAAAACUCUCUGAGGAUAUCAACGGCAUGAUGUCUGAAAGGAACUCUUCUGGUGUAACGGGGCCUGAUGCUCAGCGUCGUGCCUCGGCUAUACGGAGAAAGAUCACCAUUUUGGGGACUCGAUUAGACAGUCUUCAAUCCCUUCUUGUCAAAGUUCCUGGGAAGCAACACGUGUCAGAGAAGGAGAUGAAUCGUCGCAAGGAUAUGGUUGGGAACUUGAGAUCAAAGGCGAAUCAGGUGGCGUCUGCUUUGAACAUGUCCAACUUUGCGAAUAGAGACAGCUUGCUUGGGCCGGAAACUAAGCCUGAUGAUGCAAUGAACAGAGUCUCUGGUAUGGAUAACCAAGGCAUUGUUGGAUUCCAACGACAAGUUAUGAGAGAACAAGACGAAGGGCUGGAGAAGUUGGAGGAAACAGUCAUCAGUACCAAACACAUAGCUCUUGCUGUCAAUGAGGAGCUCACUCUACAGACAAGGCUUAUCGAAGACUUAGACUACCAUGUGGAUGUUACCGACUCUCGCUUACGGCGAGUGCAGAAGAGCCUAGCGGUGAUGAACAAGAAUAUGAAAGGAGGAUGCUCGUGCAUGUCAAUGCUAUUGUCAGUGCUUGGAAUCGUUGGUCUUGCUCUUGUCAUUUGGCUGCUGGUUAAGUACCUGUAAAUCCCCCACAUGAAUUUGAUAUAAGCUAUGAAAGUGUGUACCUCUCCUCUAUGCGAGAGUGGUUGUUAUUAUAUUUGUAUGUUUCCUCUUUUUUAUGCUUUGGUUUUUUCUCUCAUUCAUGUGAGACAAAAGAAGAAUAUCGCUGCGUGCAAAAAAAAAACCCUUAUAAUCUGUAUACUUCGUCGUGUAUAUGUUCACGAAUUGUAUAAUCA